AUGGCUUCGUUGAUACUACUGCAGAUGUCUUAUAAUGCAUUGGUGCAUGGAACCUGGCUCACUGCUCUUCCUUUUUUUCCCUUUUAUAGGGGAAAUGCACCAAAACUCAACUUUGGAGGCACGAGCACAACUCAAGCUACUGGAAUCACAGGAGGUUUUGGGUUUGGUACCUCUGCACCCACCAGCGUGCCCUCAAGCCAAGCAGCAGCUCCUUCUGGCUUCAUGUUUGGAUCUGCCACUGCCACCACCACCACCACCACUGCAGCUCAGCCUGGCACAACUGGAGGGUUCACAUUUUCCAGUGGCACCACAACUCAGGCAGGAACAACCGGCUUCAACAUUGGUACCACAAGCACUGCAGCUCCGCAGGCAGCGCCCACGGGAUUGACCUUUGGAGCAGCACCAGCUGCUGCUGCUGCCACCACCACUGCCAGCUUAGGGAGCACAGCCCAGCCUGCAGCAGCUCCCUUCAGCCUCGGGGGACAGCCCUCUGGUCUGAACUUCGGAUCAUUGGUUUCAACAGCAGCCACUGGUGCACCCACAGCAACACUGACUGCGAGCACCAGCCAGGGACCCACUCUGUCCUUUGGAAGCAAACUGGGAGUAACAACUACAGCAUCUACAACGACAGCUGCCAGCACAGCUCCCCUUCUUGGUACCACAGGCCCUGUGCUGUUUGCAUCUAUAGCGAGUUCUUCAGCACCAGCCUCAUCCAGCAGCACAGGCCUCUCACUUGGGGCCCCUUCUACUGGUACAACUGGUCUUGGAACGUCUGGAUUUGGAUUAAAGCCUCCUGGAACAACAGCUGCAACAACCAGCACUGCCACCAGCACUUCUGCUUCUAGCUUUGCUUUGAACCUUAAACCAUUAACUACAACUGGUACUAUCGGAGCUGUGACUUCUACAGCUGCUGUAACCACCACAACAACAACCAGUGCACCUCCUGUGAUGACAUAUGCUCAGCUGGAGAGUCUGAUAAACAAGUGGAGCCUGGAGCUGGAAGAUCAGGAGAAGCAUUUCCUCCAUCAGGCGACACAAGUGAACGCCUGGGAUCGGACACUGAUAGAGAAUGGAGAGAAGAUUACUUCACUACACAGAGAAGUAGAGAAGGUGAAGCUUGAUCAGAAGAGACUGGAUCAGGAGCUGGACUUCAUUUUGUCCCAGCAAAAGGAGCUUGAAGACUUGCUGACCCCUCUGGAGGAGUCUGUGAAGGAGCAGAGUGGGACCAUUUACUUGCAGCACGCGGAUGAAGAACGGGAGAGGACCUAUAAGUUGGCUGAGAACAUCGAUGCUCAGCUGAAGCGAAUGGCACAAGAUCUCAAGGACAUCAUUGAGCACCUGAACACAUCGGGACGCCCAGCAGACACCAGCGACCCGCUUCAGCAGAUCUGUAAGAUUUUGAAUGCACACAUGGACUCAUUGCAAUGGAUUGACCAGAACUCAGCCUUGCUGCAGAGGAAGGUGGAGGAGGUGACGAAGGUUUGUGAGAGCCGCCGCAAGGAGCAGGAGCGCAGCUUCCGCAUCACCUUUGAUUGAAGGACUCCAAGUUCACAGGGUUAACCUCAGAUCCCCACAGAGAAGAGGUUGGUGGGGACCUGCUCAGCAUCUGCUUUUUUGGUUUUCUUUCUUUGAUUGCAAUAAAUUUCUUCUGUUUUAAAUUC